GAGAGAGCAGAGAGAGAGAGAGAGAGAGAGAGAGAGAGAGAGCAGAGAGAGAGAGAGAGAGAGAAAGAGAGAGAGAGACAGAGCAGCAGCGUCAGUAUCUCUCCGUGACUGUAUGCUCUCUCCCGGUCUCAUUUCCAUCCUGAUGGAUGAACUAACAAGCCUCCCUGAAUGAUGGACUACAACACUGAGCCUCCUCUCAGGAUGAUCAGCUGUGGACUCUGAACCACCUCUGGACAUUGAGACUGGAGGAGAGGACAGCAGUCCGACAGACCCGAGGAUCACUGAGGAAUGGUCUCCGUCUGGAGAGUCAGAGAUGGGAUGUGAGGGAAGGUGGUGACCACGAUGGGACAUGACAUCAUUCUGUGGAGGAUAAAGGAGGAGUACAAAGACUCUAUAUGACCUCCAUCCGGGUCUCUGACCUUUGGUUCAGCUCUGCCUCCCCUCGGAUCACAACCAUUUGAUGGGUUUAUGUCCCUCUGAACCUCCUCGCUCAUCUCUACUGCGUUCACUGACAUAAAGAGCUGUGGACCGCAUCGUGACGACUAGCAGAUACCUGAACAGUGGAGAGAAGUGGAGACAGGAGGAUUGUUCUGGCUCUGGCAUCAUGUUCAAGCGGGGAUGAGACUGGAGGCAGCGGGCCAAGCACAACGGACAAUGAGACAGAGCUAUGCAUGAAAGAACGCAUUGAUCUUAGAGCACCGCACUGAUGCUGCAGACCACAUGCCCCCCGACGAGGGGAGGGCGUCUGCUGCUUUCUGUGGAUCACAAACAGACUUCUCCCUUUGCCUGAGUGGAGCCGGGAUCCCCACAGCUAAAGCUCACGAAGACUUCUCAUUGUCCCUCAGAGUUUGACAUGUUCCCAGAGAGGAUGCUGUAAAUGAGGAGGAUGGACUGAAGACUGAUGGUGGUGGGAUGGUUUGACGAGCAGAGGCCACUUGGACUGCUGCUGAGCUGGAGAGGACGCUGCUGGGAGGGAGUGAUGAUUUAUACAGUACGAGUGUGAUGACUUGAAGUGGAGCUCAACAAUCAGAGUACUUAGAGAAUCCACUCAAUGAUUGUGGAGCAGCAGAGUCAAGAGAGGCCUCUUCCUCCCACCAGGAUAAUGCACACAUCCCCAGAGCGGAUCUCUGCAGCCACCAUGAGCAACAUGACGGUGCUUGACACCGCUGACCCCUACGACCUUGACAUGACCUCAGACGAAGCUGUCUACCCCAUCAGCUUCCAGGUGUCUCUGACGGGCUUCCUGCUGUUGGAGAUAGUUCUGGGUUUGAGCUCCAACAUCACCGUGCUGGUCCUCUACUGUAUGAAACAGAACCUCAUCAGCUCCGUCUCCAACAUCAUCACCAUGAACCUGCACGUGGUGGAUGUGUUGGUGUGUGUCUGCUGCAUCCCGCUGACGGCGGCAGUGGUGUUACUUCCUCUGGAGGCGGACACAGCCAUGGUCUGUUGUUUCCACGAGGCCUGCGUCUCCUUCGCGAGCGUAGCUACUGCCUCUACCGUGCUAGCCAUCACCGUGGACCGCUACGACAUCUCGGUGCGGCCGGCGAACCGCGUGCUGACGAUGGGCCGAGCCGUGGCUCUGCUGGGAUCCAUCUGGGCUCUGUCCUUCUUCAGUUUCCUGGUUCCCUUCAUGGAAGUGGGCUUCUUCAUCAGCUCUGGCUCAGAACUUGUGAACCAGACUGUAGUGGUCACUCAUACCAACGAGUACUACACUGAGCUGGGUUUGUACUAUCACCUGCUAGCACAGAUCCCCAUCUUCUUCUUCACAGCGGUGGUAAUGCUAGUGACGUACUACAAGAUCCUUCAGGCUCUUAACAUCCGCAUCGGAACGCGCUUUCAGCACAACCUGCCGAAGAAGAAGCAGAAAAGCAAAAACACCAUCUCUCUGAGCACCGCGACACAAGCGGAGUCCACGGACGCUUCCCAGAGCAGCACCGGAGUCCGGGCGGGGGGGAAUGCUACUCUGGGCAUGAGGGCAUCCGUGUCCGUCAUCAUCGCUCUGAGACGAGCGGUAAAACGUCAUCGGGAGAGACGGGAGAGGCAGAAACGGGUCUUCAGGAUGUCUCUUCUCAUCAUCUCCACGUUCUUACUCUGCUGGACUCCGAUCACUGUGCUCAACACCAUCAUCCUCAGCACCGGGCCCAGUGAUCUGACCGUUCGCCUCCGCCUGGGCUUCCUGGUGAUGGCCUACGGAACCACCAUCUUCCACCCGCUCCUCUACGCCUUCACUCGCCAGAAGUUCCAGAAGGUUUUGAAAAGCAAGAUGAAGAAGAGGGUGGUGUCUGUAGUAGAGGCCGACCCUACGCCGAACAAUGUGGUCAUUCAUAACUCCUGGAUCGACCCCAGGAGGAACAAGAAGGUCACGUUUGAGGACACGGAGGCCAGACAGAAAUGUCUGUGCUCGCAGGACGCCGAGUGACGGGAUUAACUCAACUGUAAAUAUGUCAAAUAUGUAGAAUCAAAGGGAACUGGUCUGGUAGAGUAACAGACUACAGAAACAUUUAUAAAAACUGGUGUUUUGGAGGGAUGGAUGGAGUUUGAUUACGCAAAGAGAGAGAGGUGGAAAGUAUCUGGAGAAAAACCUGGAAGAACUCAGACUAUGAUGAAGACUAUGAUGAAGUCUAUGAUGAAGUCUAUGAUGAAGUCUAUGAUGAAGUCUAAACACGCUAAACACACAUUAACAGUUAUUAACAGCGGAGGACAGGACUCUGGGCUGCUCACUAAAUGAAUACUAAAAUAAUGACCUCAGAAAAGAGGAGUUCUCUGAGAUCAGAGGAAACACAGCUAAAGCUGAAGAGUUUCAUGUGAACAGUGAGACUACCAGCAGCUGGAUGUGAAGAGUUCAACUACAUUUACACUGGAUUCUUUCUUCAGUGCAAAACAUGUCUCAAAAUAGGAGUCAUAGGCAUGAAGAGUUAUUUAUUGAUAUUUAUUACACGGCUGUGUUGAAUACUCCAUUCUGAUUGGUCAAUCACAGCGUUCUACGGUCUGUUAUUUGUUACCGUUGCUAUGUAUAGCAGACCGUUGCUA